AUGGGCGGCGGCGCGGAGGCGAGCGAGCAGGCGCGCGGGCAGCAGCGACCCACGAUAUCGAUCGCGGUGCCGGGGUCCAUCAUCGACAACACGCAGUCGCUCGAACGCGCCACCGCCGUGCGCCUCCCGCCCCGCCCUUCCCCGCGCAUUUCGCUCCUUCCCCCGCAUGCCGUAGCGGGGCAAAUCGCGCGCGCCGCCGUCAUUUUCAAGGUGCAUGAGAUCGUCGUGUACGACGACUGGGACGCGGAGGGCGACUCGAGCGCGCCGCGCGGGUGGCGCGGGGAGCGCUUCUCGGGGUCCGCGGGGUCGUUCCUUGCGCGCGUGCUCCAGUACCUCGACACCCCGCAGUACCUCCGCCGCGCGCUCAUCCCGCUCACGCCCGAUCUGCGCCUCGCGGGGCUGCUUCCGCCGCUGGACGCGCCGCACCACGCGCGCAUGCACGAGUGGCCGGAGUUCCGCGAGGGCGUGGUGGUGGCGGAGGGGGAGGGGGAAGAGGCGCGCACAGUGGGUAGCUGCGCCGUGGAUGUGGGGCUGCAGCAGAGGGUGCGUGUGCGAGGAAGCUUCUCGGAAGGCACGCGAUUGACAGUGGCCAUGGGGCCAGCAGCGGAGCGAGAGAAGGUGUUUCAACCAGGAGUGCUGCUGACGCCCGUGGCCCCGCAUGUGCCGUGGGGGGAGAGGGGGCAGUACUGGGGGUACACUGUCCGCCUUGCCAGGGGCGUCUCUGGCGCCCUCUCCGCCUGCCCCUUCUCCCCCGCGCCUGCCUCCGCGGAUGGGGGAGCAGGGGGCGCGGGGGACGGGGGAAAAGGGGCGGGGGAGGGGCGCAGCUCUGAUGCUGCUGUGGUGGGGGGAAGUGGGGGUGCGGGGGAGGGGGAUGGGGCGGAGGGGGGGGAGGGGAGGGAGGGCGGGGGAGACGGAGGGGAGGAGGGUGAGGAGGGGCGGGGGAAGAAGAGGAGGCGGCGAGGGGGGAGGAAGAGAGGGGCGAAGCGGGGGUUGUAUGGGGAGGGGGGUGGGGGUGAGGGUGGGCAGGGAGGGGGUGGAGGGGGAGCGGAGGGCGGAGGAGCAGGGGGAGAAGCAGGAGGCGCGUACGAUCUGAUCGUAGGGACAUCGGAGCACGGCGAUGUGAAGGAGAUCGGGCAGUUCAAACUGCCCCCCUUCCGGCACUUGCUGGUGGUGUUUGGCGGCGUGGCGGGGUUGGAGGAGGCGUGUGAGGGCGACGAGGGGCUGGGGGCGGACAGCAGGGACCCCAGGCACCUGUGCCAGCUGUACCUCAACACGUGCCCCGCCCAGGGCUCGCGCACCAUCCGCACUGAGAAUUGUUGCUGUGGUGAAGGCUUUCACUGUCUGCUCUGCAUGCUCUAUGCCCCUUCCCAUACCAUGCCCUGCCAUGCCCCUCCCCCGUUUUUCCCUCUCGAAUGCAUGCAGGAGGCGGUGCUGAUAUCACUGGCGUACAUCUCAGCACUCAUGCCGUGA